CCGGAUAGCGCAGAACAAGAUGGUUCGCGUCCGAACGCACCGUGAAUUAAUGUUUUUCUAUUACUAGUGAAUUCGUUUUGUGCUUACGAAAAAAGUUAAAAAUAAUAUACCGAUUUUUUUGGAUUUCUCAAGUGAAUCAAUUAUUUUCCAUACAGUGUGACUAUUUGUGAUUUAUUCAGUUUUUUAGUGUUUAGUUUUAAAAUAUAUUUGUUGUAAUAUAACUGUUCGUGAGGCUGAAUUUGGUGCAUUUACACAGUCAGUGUUCUAAUCGAUCUAACCGUUCAAUUAUUAAUGAUCAUUUAUUUAAUUCUAUCUAAAAAAAAGUUCGUGCAGGAAACAAAAAGUGUUUUAAUAUCAGUGAUUUGACUUAAUAACAGUUCGUAAAUAAAUUUGUGUUUGAAAUAUUGCACAGAGGCUACCACCUACGACUGCAUCACGACUGAUUAUUAGUAAUGCGAAUUCGCUUUUAUGUUUUCAUAGAAAAUACGCGCGCUACAUACAGACAACAUAGUGUAUAUACGUAGUGAUAGCCAUUACGUUUGUGUUUGUUCUCAUUGAAACAGUCCGUGAUAAUAUUGUUAUCCUUGUUUGGCCUGUCUCGAGACUACCGCACGCAAAAGAGAGGACCGCCGAUAACCGAUGCCACGUUCUUUCGUGUCGUAGGGGCUUUCAUUGACCUGGAAUGCAUGGAUAGUAACCGGGAUCGCCGUCUGUUUUGAUGGCGUCGCCACUAGCGUCAUAAUACUACACGAUGCACACAUGUGUUUGAGAUAAAAUUCCAGACGGUCGCGCGAGCGUACAUUCGGUACGCAAGUAUUUGUGUCUUUUUGUCAAGUUGCGUUUGCAAUAUAUAUAGGAACACGUAUUUACAUUUCGAAUUAUUUUCAUAGACAAUGUUCAUUAUAGGGAACCGCCCUUAAAGCUUUAGCGUAGUACGCAACAUAGCAUGUGGAUAAAUAGUCUCCGAACAGACGGGGCAUGGCGGCUACCGUGAAAACAAACCCUUCGGCGGCCAGCAAUGGUGGUGGCGAUGUCGUCUUACACGGAUAUUUGAAAAAACUAAAGACGAUGAAAAAGAAAUAUUUCGUGUUGCGAUCAGAUUCCGCGGAGGCAUCGGCGCGUCUCGAGUACUACGACUCCGAGAAGAAGUACAAGGCAAGGUCGCCGCCGAAGCGCGCGAUUCUAUUGAGGAGCUGCUUCAACAUCAAUCGACGAUCGGACACCAAACACAAGUGUGUGAUCGCUUUACAUAUGAAAGAUGACUGUUUUUGUAUGUUAUUGGAUGCCGAAGCGGAAUUAACACAGUGGCUGCGGGCUUUAUUGGCUCUACAGCGUGGGGGCGACGAUGAAAAUGACACCGGAGAAGCACCCAGGCCCACUUUCGGUAAAUUACCUUAUUUAGUUUAAUUUAGAUUUAGAUUACCUACAGAUUAUCCAGGUUGUGUAAUAUACAAUAUACAAUU